CCUUUUCUGAUGCUGAACAGGCAGUGACCUCACGGCGCCAUAUUAAAAUGCUCCCUCCUCUUUGCUUGUGAGGUUGUAGCUUAGCUGCAGCAGCUAUCCGCCAGUCUGUUUCCUACAUACACAGGACUGACAGAGGACAACGACGUGAUGGAAAUUGACUCGCUCCAAGAGGCGCUCAGAGAUUUUGACAAGAAAGCAAAGAAGGAGGCAUCUCCGCUUCUGGAACAGUUUCUAUGUCAUAUUGCCAAGACUGGAGAGACCAUGGUUCAGUGGUCUCAAUUUAAAAACUACUUCCUAUUCAAAUUGGAGAAUGUGAUGGAUGACUUCAGAGCCUCAGCACCUGAGCAAAGGGGUCCUGCAAAUCCCAAUGUGGAGUCAAUUCCAUUUGAAGAUAUGAAGGAGAGAAUCCUGAAGAUUGUGAAUGGAUAUAAUGGAAUCCCAUUUACAAUCCAGCGCUUGUGCGAACUGCUUACAGAACCCAAGAAGAACUACAAAGGAACAGAUAAGUUUCUUCGGGGCGUGGAGAAGAACGUAAUGGUGGUGAGCUGUGUUCAUCCAACCUCAGAAAAAAAUGGAUGCAGUGCUGUCAACAGAAUGAAUGGAGUCAUGCUUCCUGGGAGCGCAUCUGCUUUUACAGAGAGAAAAGUGAACGGUCCAGGAACUCCCCGGCCACUGAGUCGAACGAAGGUGUCUCUGGCUAACUCAGUAGCUGCAAAUGGUCUGCCAGACAGCACAGACAACAAAGACCUCAACACAGAGCAAGAAGGCAACAAAGACUUAAAUGAGGUUUCGGCGUCAGGAGGCUCCCUGGGCACCUCGGUGAAGAACAAACACCCAGAUGCAGAGGAGAGCAUGGAAGCUGAGCAACAGGAGGUGAAGAGACUUAAGUUCAGCAAGGAAGAGGAUGAAGAGGAAGAUGAGGAGGAUGAAGAGGAAGAACAGGAGACGAAUACACUGAGGCCUUUACAUACCACCUGCCUGUCAAAAGAGGCAGAAGCCAUGGUUCAAGAUGAAGAAGAACAGGAGAAAGUCGGGUAUAGCAAGGACGGUGAAGCCUCCAGCAGUGCUGCUGCCGCUGAAGACCAAGAACCAACCAGCAGCACACAGGCCAUGGCAUGUGAAGACUCGGGUCAGGAGGCGGAGCAGGCUGAGAGGGAGGUGCCGUGUGGCUCCCAGGAGGAGGGCAGUGACAUGGAUCAGACAGAGCAGCAGGCACCUGCAGGUGUCCUGGAGAGCCCUGAGACCAGCAGGGACAGUGAGGAGAGCAGCAAUGACCCAGUCAGCAGCAGCAGCUGGCGGGGGGAAAAAAACGGGAGGAGCAGCAGGAGUAGUAGUAGGGGUAGCAGCUGUAGCAUAGAGGAGAGUACAGAGGCGGCCAGAGAGGAUAUAGCUCUCACUCCAUCCAGCAGUACGACUGAACCUCCUACAGAGGGCACCAUGGGAAGUGCCAUCUUGAACACUGGAACCACUGAGGAGCCCAUGGAACAGGAUUAGACUGAAGCCCUCCUCCCUGCAGCCAUGUGUGACCAUAAACCAGCUUGUCCUUGAAUCCAGCUUGACAGUCAAUGGAAAUGAGAUUAAUUGCACCUCAUACACAAGACAAACACCUCGUCCUGCUCUUGGAAACUCCUCCAAAAUGGCUACCUGGUAUCUAUGUGGGCAUACAGAUAGAUUUUCAUUUUUUCUUUUUAACGGGAAUAUUUUAUUGAUCUUCAUAUCCUUUGUUUUUAACCUUAAAACAUUGUUUCUUGGCAGUUUUUGUUUAAAUCAGGUUGCUCAAAUGUUGUGGUGGUGUGGUUUCUUAUGCCACUCGCUGCAACCAUUAGAAACAGGAUUGGUAGGCAGGAUUGGUUUGUACCCUUUAAGGCCAGUGUAGUACACUACCAGGGUCAGAACAGAGCCAUACCACCCCCUCAUUGUUUAUAAAAUUGUU